AUGUUAAUUGAUUCAUUAAGGAGCAGACCAAGCCAGCCGGUCUGCUCUUUAAAAUCAAAACUGUCAACUUUUACUCAACAUUCAAGGGCUUGGAUUCAACCAUCUUCACUGUUGUUGGACAUAAUGUUUCCUGUUGAGACAAUCUUUGGCGAUUGGUACAAAUACCAAACCAAACGAACUCUAAAUUCUCCUGAAUGCGCAUUCGAUUUGAAAGAAACUGAUAUUGAAACAGGGAGCCAAGCUGAAGGAUUUUGCAUUCCCGAACUUUUUCUGUCGGAGAAGAAAGUAGAUAAGGUAUUUCAUCCACUUCAUACUUCGGCUAAUUGGUCUCCAGAUCACGAUGUUAUGCAUACUAAAAGUUGCUAUUUUGAAACGCAAUUAAAAGAACAAAAACUUAUGUUUAACGUAGAACAUAUUGCAGAAGAUCCAAGGUAUGUUAAACUACAGCUAACAGGUGAAUGGAGAGAGGAUCGGCCGCAAUUUAAAACAACACGAUACCUUAGUCAAGUUUAUCUGCUGCCUCUACAAAAUCAGGGGAGUUAUAAUCAAAGCCGUAAUAGUUUCUCACAAAGUAUUCAUGGCCCUGCAAGCAAAGAGUUAGAAGUAGGUCUACAUGGAAUUAUGAGGAUAGAAAAAGAUUAUACAAAUGUAUUCAAUUAUCCUAUCGCUUGGCCAGAAGUUGCAAUGGAAUGGUUGAUAAGAACAAGACGGGGAAAUUGGCCUUCACCUGAUCUGAUACAGGAUAUACUCGAUUCAGGCUGCCAUAUUGCACCAGUAGGGAGAUGUAGGCGCAAUACUGCACCGGUCCACUUAUUAGAAUACAUGAAAAAUCCAAAUCAACACACAUCUGAACAGGAUACGGAAUGGCGAAUUUCUUUUUCUAUAGCUGAGAAUAAACUUGCCGAAAGUGUCUCUCCCGUCCAACGCCAUGUUUUUGUUUUAAUGAAAAUCAUAAAAAAAGCUUACUUCCCUGAGGUUGUGUCAACAUAUCACCUAAAGAAUAUUUUAUUUUGGCAAUGUGAGAACGCCCCAAUGUCAUUAUGGAAGGAAGACCAAACACUAAAAUGUCUUAUACAUAUGUUUGAUCUGUUAGUAUUGCAUAUGAAAACCCGCAAUCUUCCGCAUUAUAUAAUUCCAGAAAGCAACCUUUUCCAGAAUGCUGACACCCACAGUUUAGAUGAGGCGGUUACCACUGUGGAAGAAAUUCGCUGUAACAUAUUGGAGAAACUGCUGUCGGUGUUAAAACGACUGGCAUCAAUAACAUAUUGUACGCACGAAUUUAUCUCUAGUUUUGACUUUGACCCUUUCUUAAAAUUAAUACAAGAUGAAACGCUAAAGUAUCAAAAAGUGAACAUGUUAUUUGGGUCAAUAUACGACAGCUGCAUACAUAAAUGUAGCGAAAUGAUUCAAAACAAAAAUAGGGCACUAAAAGAUUUUGUUAAAUCACACCAACAACAGGAGUCAAUUCAAUUGAGUAAGGAGGAUAAAGAAAUGGAAUGCCGCCUGAUGCUUCCUGUUAAAGUUUAUCAAUCUGUUUUAGCUAGAUUACUGUGUUGGUCAUGGAACCAUAAGCACGAUGCCAUUAUGGAUGAAAGGAUGUUUCAAGAUGCUAUCAAAAAAGAAGUAAAAGAUCUUCAACUUGAGUGUUGUGAUGACAUUGUAAAGUUAUGUAACUUGUAUUAUUGUGCUUUGUGUCACAAUGGUAAUCUCUUACAUGCUGUACCAUUAGCAACUCAAUCACUUAAGGACGUAUAUGUCAAUAUAACAUCAUAUCAAAAGGACGGUAUACACAAUGCAAAGAAAGUGCUUGAUCAAUUUCACGUAGAAGAUGUUAAAAAUAUUGAAGCCGCUAUUGUGAAAGAAUUACAGGAGGCUGGAGGACUGGCAAAUGCUUCGAUAAAAGACAUUGAAAUAAUGCUCGAGGUAGAAUUAAACAAAUUAGCGUUAAAGAAGUUUAAAGAACAGUAAAAAGAAAUCAGAAUAUAUGAUUUAACUGACUAUAUAUAUAAAUGUUUAUAUAAAUGUUUAAAGGUUACAGCCCUACCGUUUUCGGAUUGUGUCACACGGUCCACUUCAAACUUCUAGCAGUUAAACUAUAUUGCGUUAAAAGAAUCCCAACACAAAAAAGCUGCAUUUGAGUUUUUUUUCAGAAUUUUAAAGAUAUUUUUUUAGUUCUUAUAAUAGCUAUUUAAGCUUAUUCGGUCGGUGGGACUGAUAAUUUUUUUAAAAAAACUCUUCUGUGUGUAUUUCACAAAGCUUUAUUACUUACUUAGUGAAAUAUUUCUUUGGAAACAUUUAAUUUUUUUAAUUCGCUGUUGCACAUGUUUAUUCUAAAAAAGAAUUGUUCUGGAGAUAAAUAAAAAAUUAAGUUGAAGUGCAAGGUAGCUACUUGUAUUCAAUCGUGGUCUUUUUAUCAUUCAAGGUUUCUCUUCGCAUUUGCAUAUUUUCUUCUUCAAUUGCGUCGGAA